AUGGCGACUUCCCGCCCCUCGUCAAUCGCGGGUAGCGAUGCAGAAGCCAAACCAUCAUUCUUCCGCAACGCGUCGAACAAAGCAUCUACAUACCAUGCGCAGAUACCAUACCUAAGGAGGCUUCCAUUUCCCGUGAUCGCAAUCAUCAUCACGCUCAUCGUAGUGAACCUUUUAGUUUGGGCGGCAGUUGGUAUCGUUCUCCAUUGGCACACGCCUCUGAUAUCAACCGCAAUUCUCUCUUAUACUCUAGGAUUGCGCCAUGCCCUGGACGCGGAUCACAUCUCAGCUAUCGAUCUCAUGACUCGUCGCCUUAUUGCAGCAGGCCAGCGUCCAGUGACAGUUGGAAUGUUCUUCAGUCUUGGACACUCUACCAUUGUCAUCAUCACAUCACUCGUAGUCGCAGGCACUGCAGCAGCCGUUUCAGACAAGUUCGGCAAUUUUGAGCGCGUUGGUGGCAUCAUCGGAACUUCUGUAUCUGCUGCUUUCCUGCUACUCCUUGGUCUCAUGAACAUCUACAUUCUGUACAAACUCAUCGUUCAGAUGCGAAAGAUGAUCGCGAGUGAUCCCGGAAGUGAGCACGAGGAGUUCAAGAUUCAGGGCGGAGGAUGCCUCUUUCCAAUCCUGCAAAAGCUCUUCAAGUUGGUCGAUCGACCCUGGAAAAUGUACCCUCUUGGUGUGCUCUUCGGUCUUGGAUUCGACACUUCCUCUGAGAUCGCUAUCCUGGGGAUCAGCUCGAUUCAAGCAACAAAGGGAACCUCCAUCUGGCUAAUUUUGAUCUUCCCGCUGCUCUUCACUGCCGGCAUGUGCCUCCUCGACACGACAGAUGGCGCGCUGAUGAUGAGUUUGUAUACCAGCACACAACUAGCGCGUGACCCCAUCGCCAUUUGUUACUACAGCAUUGUACUCACAGUCAUCACUGUUAUUGUCGCGACCAUCAUCGGGACAGUACAGUUCCUCAAUCUAGUACUUAACGUUGCUGAGCCACACGGCAAAUUCUGGGAUGGCGUCGAAAAGCUGGGUGACGCUUGGGACAUAGUUGGUGGAGCGAUUUGUGGCACAUUCAUCGUGUUUGGUGGCCUCAGUGUUUUGUUGUACAAGCCUUGGAGACGGCGUAUCGAUCGCAAAAGGGUCAACAACGCGCAUUUCGAGCCACUACCGCAAGAGAACGAGAUUACUGAACCGGACGAAGAAAAUCCCCGAGAAGUGCCCGCAUCGAUCACGACAUAUACAAAGGAUGUGGAUGUGAAUGUUGAGCCUGUUGAGGCUACAGACAUUGCUGGGCCUGCACACCGUUGA